ACAUUGCAGUGAAUGUGGUUUUAAUUUCUAAUUAUCUCUAAAGAAUAUGUCAAACUUCCAAAUGAAUCUACUUUAAAUCAUCCAGUUUUAUAGUAAUAACAGCCCUUCCGUUUGGCCACUGCCCUACAAUAAUAUGAACAUUUUACAAGGUAUGUUUAUAAUGAAUUUGUUGGAACUUGACAUAGAUAUAUUUAUAUUACAUAUGCACUAACUUAAUUGUCGUUCACUUGUUUCUGAACAACAUGCUAAAGUGUUUGUUUUUUUUUUAAUUUCCUGUCCAGUGAGAAGCUGUCGGAAGUCUUGACUCCUGAAAGAUGGAAUGAAAUCAAUCACAAAGAAGAAUCAAGCAACAUGGAGAAAUGUGAUGAUUUCAGUGCUGUUUACCCUGCAGGCAUCUUACUUGUAUGUAACAAUUGUGCAGCUUAUAGGAAGUUGAUAACUCAGACACCCGCAGAACGCAAGUGGGCAACACGCAGGCAAAACGAGCCAAUGGAAGCAAGAGUACAGAGGCUAGAGCGUGAGCGCACCGCUAAGAAAAGCAGGCGUGACAGUGAGACCCCAGAGGAACGGGAGAUGAGAAGAAUGAGGGACAGAGAGGCUAAGAGGCAGCAGAGGAUGCAGGAAACGGAUGAGCAACGGGCAAGACGCUUACAAAGAGAUCGUGAGGCUAUGCGGCUAAAACGAGCAAAUGAGACUCCAGAGAAGCGUCAAGCAAGACUCAUUCGUGAGCGAGAGGCUAAGAGGUUGAAACGCCGACUUGAAAAGAUGGACAUGAUGCUCAGGGCACAGUUUGGACAAGAUUCUACAGCUAUGGCAGCAUUGGCUGCACAAAUGAACUUCUUUCCUCUUCCAGUAGGAAAUUCUGAACUAGAUCAACAGCUUCUAGGAAAGAUGGCACUGGAAGAUGAAAGUGGCGGACCUCUGCAAUGACCUAUAUAUAAUAUAUAUAUUAUUUUUUUUCCUUUCAAACCAGGAAGCAUAUGUCUACUUGACAGUUACAACCCCCUCUUUGCACCUGUAGAGGGAUGUUUGGAAAUGUAUUUGAAUUUUUAUUCCUAUCAUUCUUUAUGUAAGGUGAAUUGCAUUAUGGAGAUUAUCCCCUUUCUCAUAGCAGUUUGUGCUGAAUCUGUUCCUCAGGAUUAUAAAUGCUGCUGAAAUAUAGCAGGUCGAGUACUUUUCUUCAAGGCUCAUCAAGAUUUGCUAGUAGAUACUAAAGUGAUUUAGUCCUUCACUAUGAUCUAUAUUAUUUUAUAAAGUGCACAAAAUACAGACACUGCUGCCUUCUUACAGCUUAGGGCUAAAACUCCUGGCGUCUCAUCACCGUGCACUUUUAAAGCUGUGUUUUAAACAGGGUAUAUACAAUGACUGGUUUAACAUUGUUCAGACAGUUCCUUAUGUUUUUCAUAAAAGCUCUGCAGUGAGUGUGAGUUGUAUGUGUAGUUUUUAUUUAUGUGUUCAUAUACUAUCUAACUGCAUCAGCAUACAAAAAUGUAACAUGAGGCUAAUAAAUUAUUUUAAUAUGC